CACAGUUGAGAAGGGAGAGGUAACAGGCAGAUCGUUAACUUGGUUGGUGGCGGAGGGAGGGAGAAAGCUUGGCGGCUGGCCCGCCCACUCAUGCCCCCUAGCCUUAUAAAGAACCUCAAGAAUGGGAAAGACCCUCUAAGAGAGCUGAGCCAAACACCCGAAACAGCACUCUGAGAGCUGGGACGAGUCAGAAAGAGAGUGAGAGAGGAAGAGAGAGAGGAUUAUAGGUCGCUGCAUUCAUGGAUGAACAAGGAGAAGUAAAAGUCAAGAACCCCUGGAACAGGCCAGUAGUCAUCUUUCUGACUGCUUUUAUCGCCCUGGGGAUCGUCAUCAUGGUGACCAUUUCUGUUGUCCAGUACAAGCCUUUACCCAAGAAGUACAAGUAUGGAAUAGUUCUGGAUGCAGGCUCCUCGCACACCUCCGUGUUUAUCUAUGAAUGGCCAGCUGAGAAGGAGAACAACACAGGCAUGGUACAGCAGUUAUACACCUGCAAUGUAAAAGGCAAAGGCAUCUCCAGUUACUCUGCUAAUCCAGAUGGGGCUGGCAAAUCUCUGCAUGAGUGCAUGAUGGAAGCCAAGAAUAUAGUACCUGCUCACAGACACAGCGAAACCCCUGUGUACCUGGGAGCCACUGCAGGCAUGAGACUGCUCAAGAUGGAGAAUGAAGCAGCCUCAGAAGAGGUACUGGCUUCAGUAGAACAUUCACUGAAGACGUACCCCUUCUCCUAUCAGGGAGCUCGUAUCAUUUCAGGCCAAGAGGAGGGAGCUUUUGGAUGGAUUACCGUCAAUUACCUGAGCGAAAACUUAAAAAAUCCCACAGGGACUCUUGGAGCUCUGGACUUAGGCGGCGCCUCUACUCAGAUAACCUUCGUACCGCAACAGGAAAUUGAAUCAAACGACAAUUCUAUUGACUUUAGGCUGUACGGAAAUGAUUAUCACUUGUACACCCACAGCUUUCUCUGUUACGGGAAGGAUCAAGUUCUGAAGCUUUCUAUGGGCAAGAAAUUAGAGUCAACACAUGUUGCUGACAAGACAGAGCCCAUUGAAUUAAGGGAUCCUUGCUUCCACCCUGGAUAUAACUUCACAAAGCCAGCUGAAAGUUUGUUCAAUACCCCUUGUAUGAAUAAAGUGAAUUUGACAACUGGAAACAUCUCCCAUGUGGGGUUGGGGAAUUGGCCUCAGUGCCAACAAUCGAUCAGAAAGGUUUUAAAUACCGCCCAUUGUGCUUACUCAAAAUGCUCUUUCAAUGGUGUAUUCCAGCCUUCUGUUGAUGGAAAAUUUGGGGCUUUUUCUGCUUUUUUCUUUGUGAUGGACUUCUUGAAUCUGACCAGUGAUUCAUUAGACAGUACAAAGCAGAAGCUGGCAAAGUACUGCUCUACUCCAUGGAAAGAGAUUGUAGAAAAAAAUCCCAAAACAAAACAGAAGUACCUUGCAGAAUACUGUUUCUCAGGAACAUACAUACUCACUCUUCUGGAAGAUGGAUACAAUUUCACCUCUGACAACUGGAAAGACAUCAGUUUCAUUAAAAAGAUAGGAGACAGUGAUGCAGGCUGGACAUUAGGUUAUAUGCUUAACCUGACCAACAUGAUCCCCGCUGAAGCUCCAGACACACGUCCGAUGCCUGAUGGGGGAUACAUCACAUUUAUGCUCCUCUUCACACUUCUAAUACUUGUUCUCAUUCUUAUGGUCUACAUAUAUUUCCGUCGGUCCACUAGACAAGCCCAGAAAGACAUCAUUUAGACAGGGAUAUUUUGCUGUGGUCUCUUAAUGUUGAAUGCUUAUUUCUGCAGAACAGAUACAAAAUCAUGUUAUGACUAAAAGGUUAUAGAUUUAACUAAACGGUUAAAUCUAAAAGGUUUUACAUUUCAAAGAAUUUGGACUCGAUACCUCAUGUGAAGGAUAAACAGGUUUUGGGAGAGAGAAGGGUUACAAGUUCCAUUGCAACUGAAGGGACAUCAGACUCUGUUCCCAUUUUUUUGUGGUUUUUGUGACCACUUAGUUUUCUUAAAUAUCAAGUCAAAAGUACAGGUUUUAGCUUUUGGGGAGCUGGAUGAAAGAGGUUUGCUGAGUUUCCUCAAAAGGAAAAGUGCACUGACAUUCAAUAUAUCGUGUGCCUUAAUUCUGUAUGAAAGUUCUCCCAAUUUAUGUAUAGAAAAGCACACAUCUUCUUGAUGCCAGUAUCUUUUACUUUUUUACUUAUAAAGAAAUGUCUGUGAGGUCAAAUGUCUCUAGAUGUGUUUUUUUUUUUUUUUUUCAUUAUGGUCAUAUGAAUAUCACUGGAUAUCACUGUUUAUACAUUGCUUUCAGCAUAGCACACUUUUUUUAACGAAUUGCAAAAUGGAGGGUAAUUUUGCUAGGUCUGUCAUUGCAUGUUUUUUUGUUUGUUUGUUUUUGUUUUGUUUUUUUUGCUCUUCCUGUGCUUGCCGUUUGUUUUUGUUUUUAUUGCAAUUACUGUUUUGUUUUGUUUUUUAAUACAAUGAUGUAACAGGAGAGGUAAAAAUCAUUUGUGCUAAAAACAUUUGUUCAUGUCUGCUUCUGUAAGGUACAUUUUGUAUAUGAUUUUUCUGUGUAUGGCUCUGAAGUGGUAUGUGAAAUUACAUGAAUUUUUUUUUAUAUAUAUUUAAACAAUACUUGUAGCAAAUUUCUAUUAAAUUUACAAAUGAC